CACCUCCAUCUGUUCAGUAGUCCACUCUUUUGAUGACGACGUCACUUUCAGUGAUAGAUACUGCAGGGCUAAAUUUUUUUUUACGAAUUCUAGUCAGAAGUCCCUCCAUCACCUCCAAUCAUACAUAUGACGAUUUGGCUUUAUAGUUUGACAGCGUGAAUACUAUUUUAAGUUUUUUAAAUUUAAACUAUUUUGACAUUCUUAUUCUAACAUAUGUUACUGCUAAUCUUAAGUUUUUCAGUUUAGUUAAUUAGUUUAAUUUAGUUAGAUUCAAUUUUCUGGCUUUAGUGGAUUUAAGUUGUUAAGAUAGGUUCGAUUUAGGUUAGUGAGUUUGAACUAUUGAAAGUGUUUGAGAAUUUCUUAUUGUUGAUGGAUAUUGUUGUUUAAGUGAUAUAAUGCCAUAUUAAUUUGUUUAUGAAUUAUUUAAAUGAAUUGUUGAUGGAUAGAGAUUUAGACGCCUUCUAAUUAUAAAUGACGCUCAACCUAAAUUUCUAAUAAAUCUAAAUAUAUAAUUGAAGUUUAUAGAUUAUUUCAAAUUUGAUUUAAACUACUAAUCUUAAGUUUUUUAUUAAUAGGUUUGUGUUAAAUAACAAUGCAUGUACAUAGGAGUGUAUCAAUGUCAUCAAGCUGAUGUACAAUCACCCAUGGCCGAUCACAAGAAGAUCCAUGCUGAGACCAAAGAACGAUGAUUUCAGACAAACAAUUUAUAUGGGACAAGACUCAUGAUAUCAUGAUCAAGAAGAUCUUCGACCAUCAGAUGGUUAGGCGGCUUCAGCAGAUGAUGGAGGACGUACGUGAGAGGCGCGAUCACCUCACUAUUUGGCUCCACCCACACAUUAAGAAGGCAUUGUACGUCUAUUGGGAGACUGAUGAGGGGUUCAGGCAUUGCCGCCUCACAAACAGAGCUAACAGAGCAUUUACCAUGUCGUCGAAGUUGACUUUCAUGAAGACAAAAGCUAGACUGUCUAAGUCGUUAGAUCGUGAUGCGAUGAUGGUAGAGACCUUCAAAUAUACUCACACUUUGAAGGAGAACAAGGAGAGAUUUGCUAAUCGGCGGUCUGUGGAUCAUUUUGAGUCCUCCACGCAGAGACUAGUGGCCACAACCCAGCAAUUCCAUCCUACUAAAGAGGACAACAACAACUCUGCUGAUGCAGUCAUCAAUUCUGACACGGUUUGGUGCGAGACCACAUCUAAGCUGUACAAGAAUUGCGUCUACGGGAUGGGAUCGUUCUUCACCAACAACCUCUGCACCUCCAUAUUGAAGGCUACAUCUGCCUCUGCCACCAGUCGCGCUGUCGAUCCUGAGGACAGCAACGUCGAUUUGAGAGAGCAGGUGCUGAAUCUCACCCAAAGCCUUCACCAACAAGCUCAGCAGCUGCAAUAGUCUGAGGGGAGAGAUAAUGAGAUCCUAGCACACGUGUCGGACACAGAUCCCCUUUGGCUGGUGCUUAAGUAGGAGCUGAAGCGACUUGAGCGGAUGAAGUAACAGAUGACCGUGUACUAGGAGUAGAAGCGCGUUAAUGGCAGUGGUGUUGCUUGAGGGGUACCGACAUCACUAUCUAGUUCGCCGCCUCAACAAGACCAGGGAGAUGACAACAACCAUGACUAUCAGGAUCCGUAGUGAUUAGGAUUUUGUAGACUAUUUGAUUGUAUUUUAUUUAUUUGACUUUUUAUUUUAUUUGUACACUUGAUAUUUAAUAAAAUCGU